AUGCCCCAGGAGCUCAUCGUACGCGAUCAUAGCCCUUGGCUGAGUAGUCUUCGGUCGGCACUACGUCUGCUCAUCAUCGUCCUCAGCGGCGCCGUCGCGGGUACCCUCAUACACACUCUUGAGAUAUAUCGUGGCAACAUCUCGCUGGACCUCCGCCAUGGCGAGCUUCCGAUGACAUGGCCUGCGAGAACGAACCUCUGGCCUACAUUGGUGCUGUUUACUGUUGCCGCUGCCAACUUUGUCGCGUCCGUCGCAAUCACGGCUACGUCCUUCAAGUCCUUUCGCCGACCCGUCCGUUCGCGCGAUGCGUAUCGGAUCAUUGCUGGCAGCCUCGGAGUUGUGUUGUGGGCUACCGCUUUGGCGGUUUUCCAUUUGCUCGAUAAGUCGAGCAAGGCCAGCCUUGGCCGGUACGCCUGUACAAACCGCAACGUCAUGAGCAAUGGUCGCUUCCAGUACCGCGCAGUGUGCUCAGAACAGGCUCUUGCUUUCUACCUCGCCAUUGGCGCCGCCUCCGCCGAAGCGCUGACGCUCCUGACACUUGCCGUAACUGCUCUACAAACCAGGAGAGAGAGAUCCGCAAUCAUAAACCUGGACGAGAAGAAGUCAUUCGACCAAGAAUUCCAGCGGCGCUACCCCUAA